CGGUUCGUGAAACCUGGCAAGGGCAACCAUCAUGGGAGAUGCCACGAUGUGGUCGUCCACGCACAAGCGGCACCUGACAAAGCAAGAGCUGCAGACCCUCCGCAGAAUACAAGACCAAACGGCACUGCGCGACACGCAGUGCGCCCGAGCUCGGUCGCACCUCAAGUCCCUCGUACAGGACACUCUGCCGAACGACCCCACAAUAUAUGCUGGGCUGUACAGUGACUCGACCAAAUGGACCAAGGACGAAACACUCGUACUGGCCGUCAAGCCAUUGGUGCCACUUGGACCCGCCGACGUGUCUGGAAUGUAUCACCUUCGGUCUAUCAAACAUCCGUUUCCCAUUCCAGGAAGCCAGGUCGUCCGCGAGAAGGAGCGCAUGUCCACCGCCUUAGCAAAGAAGCUGUCCAUCGGACUCAAAAUCGCCUCGGCGAGCGCACCGAAUUUGGCCAACGCAGUACCAAGUGCAGCCAAAAGCGACUACCAAGACUGCUUGCACACGUUGGAGUCUGGGAAAUUGCACUUUACGGCGCAAUCCAUGCUCGACACUCUCACGGAACAAGAACACCUCCUUCGCGUGCAACACGACGAAAGACAGCAUCGACUGGCAUCUGCGGUGGGGACUGCGCAAGACCUGGCGACGUUUUGGCGGUUGUUGGUAACAGGUCGAACUCGGGAAGCUGUGUUACUUUUGACAGAGCACGUAUUUGUCGAUAUAAACGUCGCCGUGGUGCAGAACACCACCGAUGGCUCCAUCACGCUCGACCCCAGCAAAAGCCACAGGUGCUUGCAUAUUUUUUGUAGAGAAGUAUAUAGCUACCUGUCGGUAUGUAGCUUGGCGUCGACCCCCCUCAUGGCCGCUGCCCGUCUGUUGAAUGUGGACGUCGUGGCAGCCCUCUUGGAUCGAGGGGCUGAUCCGAACGUGCCGAAUGGGAACGGAGACUCACCCCUGCAUUGCAUCUGGCGAGACAUUCGGCCCAACAAACCGCACAACAUUUCCGUCAAGUGGACAUUGCGGGCGUCCAAGGCGGUGGCCAUUCUGGAUAAGUUGCUAAGCCACGGAGCGUUGGCCAACACGACGAACGUAUUUUCCGAAACCGCGUUGCACUGUUGCGCUAAGCUCGGCAUACAGGACGCCGUGAUGAAGUUGCUGCAUAAAGGAGCAGACCCACGCAUCCCCGAUCGUACGGGCCACACAGCGCUGGACUAUGCAAAAGCCAACGGUUUCUUGGAUGUUCACAGCGCCAUGGCAAACUUCCACUUGAUCGACCAAGCCAGACGUCAGUGUAAUGACAUGCAAAAGGCAAAGGACAUUCCAAUCCACCCUGGGCACAUGAGCUUGUCGUGGUCCACUCCACCGGAUCAAUUGCUGCAACAACUCAAGCUGGCCUCGCAUCGUGCCACGUAUUUAAAAGGCCAUUGCGUGACAAAAGACGGGGCUGUCGUGCUGGCUCCCGACGACGACGACCCCAUUGUUGGCAGCGCCAAGUCAACCCCCAAACCACAAUGAUAUGAUCAAAAGGAUUCGAAACAGAAGAAUCGAUGUCUGUAGGAGAAUUGAUCAGAGAACUGCCUGAGCCAAUCAAACCACGUCAUGUCGAUUUCUGCCAAUCCAAACGCAAAACCACA